GCACCAUAUGGCUUUAUAACUCACUUUGUCAUUGGCGUCUUCUACCUAGUUUUCCUACUCAAUUAGUAUAUACUCUUCGAGGAGCGCAGGAGAUUUUUCAUUGUCCCCAUUGAGUUCAUCUUCUUUUUGUUUAGCCUCGGUGAAAGCUUGUAGUUGUUUUUGUAGUAAUUUGGAGGCACUAAUAAUGCACAAUCUUCGUGUGCGCUCUGGCUGCGUUACUGAAACACUACGCAGUUUGACUGGUCUACGAGUUCUCGACAUAUCCAAAGAAGUCACGGACUAUGGGACGGAUAGUUCUCAGGAAGCUUGCGUAGACUUACCACUUGCGAUGGUGCAAGUAAUGCUUGAUGAUCCACACAAGUGUUGGCCCAAUCUAAAGUCAGUCGAUCUCGCUGGAAAUUCUCUUGCUAAUAUGGGAGUCGAUCGAGCAUCUGACAUUGUCUCCCUUUUACUGCAAAGAAAUCCUCGGCUAGAAAGGUUGUCUGUUCUUGCUACUCCUCUGGACGGUCAUUCUUAUAUUGUUCCCGUGGAACGCGAUGUACAAAUUAUUAAUUGUGCCACUAGAAACCAAGCAGUUAUCGCUUUGAACGCCUACUGGAAUACUGACAGAGAUGCAUUCACUGCACAUGCUUUGCAUUGUGUUUACUACAUGUUACAAAGUGGAUAUGAUGACUUUUCUGAUAGUGAAGUUGCCGAAUGUGCCACAGUUGUUUGUGCAGCAUUGCGAAAGCACCUGCUAAAUCUGGGCGUUCAAAUGGCCGGAAGCGCUUGUCUCUAUCAUCUCUGCAAGAUGAAACGUAUUUCAAGAUUGUCUGUCCCGACCGUUCGCAAGUGUGUCGAUCGUUGCCUGGAUGCUGCUGAGACUUAUCCCGAAACAACACAACUGCAGAAAAAUGUGUGGUUGACUAUAUGCAACGACUAUCUUCUCCAACUCUCAGGCAUUAAUUUUUAUCGAACUUGCAAAGUUGCUCUGGAAAGCAUGUUGAUCAAUAAUGAUGCUGGAGUUUCACGGUUAGUAAUCGCUGUAUUUUUUAACAUCGGAAACGAUCUGAUGCUCGCAUACUUGCCAGUGACGUUCGCUAUUCUUGACUUCCCGCUUUUCUUGAUCAAAAUUUGUCGUGUGCGCGUUGAGAAUUCACUGUAUACCCUCAAGUUUACACUGAGCGCUCUCUGGAAUCUCACAGACGAUUGUCCUGCCACAUGUAUUGUUUUCGCUCGUGAAAAUGGCAUUGCAGUCUCGUUUGAGAUCUUGCGACACUUUGAGAGCCAUCAUAACAUACAGACGAAGGUGCUCGGCAUAUUGAAUAACGUCUCUGAAGUUUAUGAGCAGAAACUCAUGAUGCUACAGAACUCGACGUACUUGAAAUCUUUAUGUGAGUGUCUAGAAGGUGACUUUUCUCGAGUUGACGCCACGGGAAGAAAUCGUGCUGUUGAACGCAGUUACUUUGCUGCAGGGGUCCUAGCUAACAUGUUAUUAUGUGAGGACUGGCAUCAUCCCUCAGAUCUAUCCCGGGAAGAAGUGAAUAGCCUUAUGGUAAAGUCGAUCUGUCAGUGGCCCAUGCUUUCUGUUCCUAUGGUUUCAUACAGGUCAUUUGAGCCAUUUGUUCGUAUCCUGAACGAGACAAACUUGCUAGGCGCGCAGAUGUGGUGUUUAUGGGGAGUCAAUCAUGUUCUUUCACAUAGCGAUGCCAAUUCUAUUGAGAUCAGGUUCCUGGAACGAUCUAUUCAUAACAUGAGAGUGAAUACAGUUUUCAAUAAGCAGGUAGAUUCUUCGUCUAUUCCUCAGGAGUCUUGUGCCUGA